AAAUGAGACGCGAUGACCAAUGAGCGGCUAGUUUGGGAAUGGGCGCCUGACCAGUCCCGAGACGUCUUACCCGGAUGUGGUUGCUGGGCUCCGAGAGUUGCAGCCCGAGUGUGGGCUUGCUGCACGUGGGGCGCGGACUGAGUGUGCAAAGGAGGGGGCGGCGCGCGGUGAACUCGGUGGUUCGCGCGUGCGUCUGCCUGCCGCCUUGGGGCGUUCGGUUGGGUUUUGAGUGUGGGACGAGUCAAUGGUGUUUGUAGUGGAUGAGAUUCCCGCUGCUGCAUCUCCUGUGCUUCUUCCUGGGGUGAGCCCCCUUCAUGAGCUGUCACCGGGAGCAGUCCCGAAGACGCAGCUCGCCGUGGGAACAUGAAUCUCUUACCUAAAAGCUCCAAGGAGUUUGGCUCUGUUGACUACUGGGAGAAGUUCUUCCAGCAGCGAGGAAAGAAAUCUUUCGAGUGGUAUGGAACCUAUCUGGAACUAUGCGAGGUGCUGCACAAAUACAUCAAGCCCAGGGAAAAGGUGCUUGUGAUUGGAUGUGGCAACUCAGAGCUAAGUGAGCAACUGUAUGACGUGGGCUAUCAAGAUAUAGUGAAUAUUGACAUCAGUGAGGUUGCCAUCAAGCAAAUGAAGGAGCGCAAUGCCAGCCGACGGCCCCACAUGAGUUUCUUGAAGAUGGACAUGACGCAGAUGGAGUUUCCUGACGCCACGUUCCAGGUGGUAUUGGACAAGGGCACGCUGGAUGCUGUCCUGACAGAUGAGGAGGAAAAGACCCUGCAGCAGGUGGACAGGAUGCUGGCCGAGGUUGGCCGUGUCCUGCAGGUGGGCGGCCGCUACCUCUGCAUCUCCCUGGCUCAGGCUCACGUCCUGAAGAAAGCAGUGGGUCACUUCUCUCGGGAGGGGUGGAUGGUGAGAGUGCACCAAGUGGCCGACAGCCAGGACCACCAGGUGUUUGAAGCAGAACCUCGGUUCUCCCUGCCUGUCUUUGCCUUCGUCAUGACCAAGUUCAGGCCGGUCCCUGGCUCUGCCCUUCAGAUCUUUGAGCUGUGUACUCAGGAGCAGGGCAAGCCCGCGCGGCUGGAGAGUGCCGACCGGCUGGCCGAGGCCGUGCGGGAGCGCCAGCACUAUGCUUGGCUGUGUAGCCAGCUGCGCCGCAAGGCCGGGCUGGGGAGUGUGUCUCUGGACUUGUGCAGUGGGGACACUGGGGAGCCACGCUACACCCUCCACGUGGUGGACAACCCCACUGUGAAACCAUCGCGGGACAAUCAUUUUGCCAUUUUCAUCAUACCCCAGGGCCGGGAGACCGAGUGGCUCUUUGGCAUGGAUGAGGGCCGGAAGCAGCUGGCAGCCAGUGCAGGCUUCAGGAGGCUGGUCACAGUGGCUCUUCACCGAGGCCAGCAGUAUGAUGGCAUGGAGAGCAUUCAAGCAGAGCUGUCACCCAGGGUCAUGGAACUGGCCCCGGCCGGGAUGCCUCCCCAGCAGCAGAAGAGAGCAUCAGAUCCCAGGGGACUACCAUUACAGACAGUUGUGAGCUGCCAUGUUCCCUUCCUGUCUGUGGGUGGGGACAUUGGAGUCCGGACUGUUCGGCAUCAGGACCACAGUGCCUUGAGUGGUGACUAUGUUAUCGAGGAUGUACAAGGCGAAGAUAGGUGGUACUUUCGGCGGCUCAUCUUCCUCAGCAACAGGAACGUGGUGCAGUCGGAAGCCAGGCUGCUGAAGGAUGUGUCUCAUAGGGCCCAGAAGAAACGGAAAAAGGACAGGAAGAAAGAGCGACCUGCGGAUACUUCCGAGGACUCCCCUCCUGCCCCGGGGCAGUCCAUCGAUAAGAGUUAUCUCUGUUGUGAACACCAUAAAGCCAUGAUCGCUGGCCUCGCCCUGCUCAGAAACCCGGAGCUGCUCUUAGAGACCCCACUGACAUUAUUGGUAGUGGGCCUGGGUGGGGGAAGCCUCCCCCUCUUUGUUCAUGAUCAUUUCCCCAAGUCUUGUGUCGAUGCCGUUGAGAUUGACCCGUCCAUGUUGGAAGUGGCCACCCAGUGGUUUGGCUUCUCACAGAGUGACCGGAUGAAGGUUCACAUUGCAGAUGGCCUGGACUACAUUACCAGCCUGGCAGGAGGAGAAGGACGACCUCACUAUGAUGUGAUCAUGUUUGAUGUAGACAGUAAGGAUCCAACACUGGGGAUGAGUUGUCCUCCCCCAGCAUUUGUGGACCAGCUUUUCCUGCAGAAGGUCAAAAGCAUCCUAUCUCGUGAAGGGAUCUUUAUCCUUAACCUCGUGUGUCGUGACCUGGAGUUAAAAGCCUCGGUGCUGGCUGGACUCAAGGCAGCCUUCCCUCUCCUGUAUGUCCGGCGAAUUGAGGGCGAAGUGAAUGAGAUCCUGUUCUGUCAGCUGCAACCAGAGCAGAAGCUUGCUACCCCAGAACUCCUGGAAAUGGCCCAGGCUUUGGAGCGGACCCUGAGGAAGCCUGGGCAGGCUUGGGAUGACACCUAUGUCCUGUCAGAUAUGCUGAAGACUGUGAAGAUUGUGUGAUCAUUGGGGCCAGACAGCCCUCUCAACUUUCUGCCCAAACUGACUUGAGCUCAUGGGCUGCUGGAGUAUGAGGCACAGUUCUUUUAGACCUCACGUUUUUCUUGGUUUCACACUCAGCUACAUGCCUCCCAUCUUUUGGGAUGGGAGGCAGCCCCUGGGAUGAUUGUUAAUUUUUUUAAAAGUGUGAUUAUGGAAGAAGAGCAGGAUCGGUCAUCUGCUUCUGGAGACUGAGGGAAGGCCGAGGGCGGAAGUUACAGUCGGGCAGUGCACCACUGUGGAUCUUCAGUGUCUUCCCAAAGGCCAUUAUGUUGAAAGCUGACUCCCCAGCCCCUGUGGCCCCUUUGGAAAAUGGAGGAACUUUUAGGAGGGGCUUUGUGAAGGAAGUUAGGUCACUAACUUAGGUGCCCUGGAAGGGCUGUAGGGACACAGCACUUUCUCUUUGCUUUGUGGCUGCUGCCAGGUGAAGCCCUUGUUCUGCCUUAUCGUCCCUCCAUGAUGCCCUGCUUCAUCACAGGCCCAAAGACAAUGGGUUUGCCCACUCCGUCUGGAACCUCCAGACUAAGCCAAAUAAACCGUCCUUCCUUAAAA